GCAGCAACACCGGGAUCAACUUUGAGAAGUACGACGACAUUCCUGUGGAGGCCACCGGCCAGAACUGCCCGCAUCACAUCGAGAGUUUCCAGGACAUUGCGAUGGGAGAUAUUGUGAUGUCCAACAUCGCUCUGACCCGCUACACCCGGCCGACCCCCGUGCAGAAGUACGCCAUUCCCAUCAUUAAGAGCAAGAGAGACCUGAUGGCCUGCGCACAGACAGGGUCCGGUAAGACGGCUGCGUUCCUGUUGCCUAUCCUCAGCCAGAUCUUCGCGGAUGGGCCAGGAGAUGCACUGGCUGCGGCUAAGGCGUCAGGACAGGACAAUGGGAAAUAUGGGCGUCGCAAGCAGUAUCCCAUCUCCCUGGUGCUAGCCCCCACCAGAGAGCUGGCCCUGCAGAUAUACGAUGAGGCCAGGAAGUUCUCGUACCGGUCGCGGGUGCGUCCCUGCGUGGUGUACGGUGGCGCCGACAUCGGGCAGCAGAUCAGGGACCUGGAGCGAGGCUGUCACCUGCUGGUGGCCACGCCCGGCCGGCUGGUGGACAUGAUGGAGAGGGGCAAGAUCGGCCUGGACUUCUGCAACUACCUGGUUCUGGACGAGGCGGACCGCAUGCUCGACAUGGGCUUCGAGCCCCAGAUCCGGCGCAUCGUGGAGCAGGACACCAUGCCCUCCAAGGGCCUGCGUCAGACCAUGAUGUUCAGCGCCACCUUCCCCAAGGAAAUCCAGAUCCUCGCCAGGGAUUUCCUCGAGGACUACAUCUUCCUGGCGGUGGGGCGGGUCGGCUCCACCUCUGAGAACAUCACCCAGAAGGUGGUGUGGGUGGAGGAGAGCGACAAGCGGUCCUUCCUGCUCGACCUCCUCAACGCCACAGUGAUCCCCAGCGAGAUACAGGACAAUACAGGAGAGACCAUAGAAAAGCCCGGGAAGGACUCUCUCACACUGGUGUUCGUUGAGACCAAGAAGGGCGCCGACGCCCUGGAGGACUUCCUGUACCGCGAGGGCUACGCCUGCACCAGUAUCCACGGCGACCGGUCCCAGCGCGACCGCGAGGAGGCGCUGCACCAGUUCCGCUCCGGACGCUGCCCCAUCCUGGUUGCCACCGCGGUGGCAGCUCGAGGCCUGGACAUCUCCAACGUGAAGCAUGUCAUCAACUUCGACCUGCCCAGUGACAUCGAGGAGUACGUCCACCGUAUCGGGCGUACGGGCCGCGUGGGGAACCUGGGUCUGGCAACGUCGUUCUUCAACGACAAGAACGGCAACAUCACGAAGGACCUCCUAGACAUCCUGGUGGAGGCCAAGCAGGAGGUGCCGUCCUGGCUGGAGAGCCUCGCCUACGAGCACCAGCACAAGAGCACCGGCCGCGGGCGCUCCAAGAGGUCAAGUUACCGUUCUGCUGGACAGGUUCCCAGGUUCUCCGGUGGGUUCGCCGCCAGGGACUACCGCCAGACCAGCGCCGCUAGUAACCCCGGGGGCUUUGGUGGUCGCGGCGGCGGCCGCAACCAAUCGGUGCACGGAGGGAACCGCGGAUUCGGAGGAGGGGGCUUCGGGAACUUCUACAGCAGCGACGGCUACGGGGGCAACUACUCCCACUCCCAGGUGGACUGGUGGGGCAACUAAACCCCUCCCCCAAAUUACCCUUCACCCCUCCCCCUUUGUCUAUCGUCGUCCUUCUCUUACUCUCACCGUACCCUCCCCUAGUGGUUUAUUUGUUUUCGUUCCACAGCAUGCCCCCCCGUGCGGAAAUGUUGUGCCCCCCCCUUUUAGAUCCUCUUCCUCGUCCAGCAUCCCCUCCACCUCCUCCCAUUACAGAGUCCACAGCCCUAAACGGAUCCCACACAAUAGUCAGUUGUUUUUCAUGGGACUUUGUGUCUUUGAUCGCUUGCUAGCCCCCCCCCCUAAACCCCCACCCCCUCAGCUUCUAGUGCACUUUGGUUCAUCAUCACCGUGACGAACGCAAAGCUCCCCCUUAACGCUGGGAAUUCGAAACGGAGAGUCUUGAGUCGUCGAGUUAAAAAAAAAUAAAACGAUAAUAAAAACUCAGUUUCCCCCUUUAAGCCUUAGUUUCCCCUUAAAAAUCGCUCAGGGGGAAUCACACUGCGGGAGGGAGGUAUGACCUCAAGUUCAUCGACCUUUGGGUUGCGGUGACCGCCGUA